CUUGAAGGAGGACUGACUAACUCCAAGGUUUAAUUGGUCUCCCACCUGCAGCUCUGGACCCUUCAGGAGCUCCAAAGAGGAAGGCAGAUGAGACCACAGAGUCUACUGGAGAAUGCUGUCUGCCCCUCGACCUCACCAUGGCUCUCUAGGAACACUGUUAACCUGCCGCCCCCUUCCACCAAUCCUCUUUUUGCCUUUGUCAUCUCCCAUAUCCCACUGAGUUUGUGAUCCCUCUCUACUCCCAGCUGAAGUCCCUUUGAUAUGAGUACGAGAGCUUUUAUUUUGGACAUGUUGUUUUUUCCAUUCAGCGCAGCCAGCCACCAGGGCUAUGGUGGGAAACGUCACCAUACUUCUCAGCAGGUUGCUAAUCACUAUCUGGUGUGGCUCUUGGGACUAGCGCUGCACCUGACGCUUUCCUCGUGUCAACGAGUUGACCUGAAACACCCCAUAGUAUCCACAAGUUAUGGAAAGGUCCGUGGUAUCAGGAAAGAGCUCAACAACGAGAUCUUGGGCCCAGUGGAACAGUAUUUAGGUGUGCCAUAUGCCACCGCACCUAUUGGCGAGAGGCGCUUCCAGCCUCCUGAAGCCCCGGGCUCCUGGCAAGAAAUUCGCAAUGCCACUCAUUUUGCACCUGUGUGUCCCCAGAAUGUGCACGGGGUCCUGCCUGAGAUCAUGUUACCCGUGUGGUUCACAGACAACCUGGACGCUGCAGCCACCUAUGUUCAGAACCAGAGUGAGGACUGCCUUUACCUCAAUAUUUAUGUACCCACUGAAGAUGGUCCGCUCACAAAAAAACACGAUGAGUCUUCAAUGAACAGACCCAGGGAUGAAGAUAUUCGGGAUCGUCGUAAGAAGCCCGUGAUGCUCUUCAUCCACGGAGGCUCCUACAUGGAGGGCUCAGGGAACAUGUUUGAUGGUAGCGUCCUUGCUGCCUACGGAAAUGUCAUCGUGGUCACUAUGAACUAUCGGCUUGGCGUGCUCGGGUUUCUGAGCACAGGGGAUCCGUCUGCUAAGGGGAACUAUGGCUUGUUGGACCAGAUCCAGGCCCUGCGUUGGCUCAAUGAAAACAUCGGCCACUUUGGAGGAGACCCAGAGAGAAUCACAAUCUUUGGCUCUGGAGCUGGUGCCGCCUGUGUGAACCUUCUCAUCCUCUCCCACCACUCAGAGGGGCUGUUCCAGAGGGCCAUCGCUCAGAGUGGCUCAGCCAUCUCCAGCUGGUCAGUGAACUACCGACCGCUGACGUACACCAAGAGCCUGGCCAGGAAGGUUGGCUGCACCACGGGGGACAUGGCUGAGUUGGUGGACUGUCUGCGUAGGAAGAGUUUCAGGGAGCUGGUGGACCAAGACAUCCAGCCUGCACGCUACCAUGUCGCCUUUGGGCCUGUGGUAGAUGGAGACGUGGUGCCUGACGACCCUGAGAUCCUCAUGCAGCAGGGCGAGUUCCUCAACUAUGACAUACUGCUGGGUGUCAACCAGGGGGAGGGCCUAAAGUUUGUGGAUGACAGUGAAGGAGAAGAUGGAAUAUCAGCUGCCUCAUUUGACUAUACUAUCUCCAACUUUGUGGACAAUCUGUAUGGAUACCCUGAUGGUAAAGAUAUCCUCAGGGAAACCAUAAAGUUCAUGUACACGGACUGGGCUGACAGGGACAACAGUGACAUGCGCAGGAAGACCCUCCUGGCUCUGUUCACGGACCAUCAGUGGGUGGCCCCAGCUGUCGCCACUGCCAAACUGCACGCCGAGUUCCAGUCACCCGUCUAUUUCUAUACCUUCCACCACCACUGUCAGACUGAGGCAAGGCCAGACUGGGCAGAUGCUGCCCAUGGAGAUGAGAUCCCCUACGUGUUUGGGAUUCCCAUGGUGGGAGCCACUGACUUGUUUCCCUGUAACUUCUCCAAGAAUGAUGUAAUGCUCAGUGCUGUUGUCAUGACAUAUUGGACCAACUUUGCCAAGACAGGAGACCCUAACCUACCAGUUCCUCAGGACACCACUUUCAUCCACACUAAGCCUAACCGUUUUGAAGAGGUCAUCUGGACUAAAUUCAGCUCCAAAGACAAACAGUACUUGCAUAUUGGCCUGAAGCCCCGUGUCAGAGAUAACUACCGUGCUAACAAGGUGGCCUUUUGGCUGGAGCUGGUACCGCACCUCCACACCCUUCAUGAACUUCCCUUCGUCACCACCCGACUGCCACCUGGAGGCACCAGACCCUGGAAGGUCCCUGCUUCUGGCACUCGCUCAACACGGCACCCUGUAAUCUCUACCUAUCCACCGGAUCCUGAUCCUGACCUCAGUUCAGAGAGACCCCGGUAUUCGCCAUUCCCCAGUGAGACAAGGGACUACUCCACUGAGCUGAGCGUGACGGUAGCUGUCGGUGCGUCACUUCUUUUCUUGAACGUGCUGGCCUUUGCCGCACUUUACUAUAAGCGUGAUAAGCGGCAUGAACUCAUGCAGAGACGCCACCGCCGACUCUCCCCUCAACGUGGCACGACAAUCGGCAUGGGUGUUGGCAUGGGAGUCGUAGGGGCCCCGCCGCACAAUGACCUAGCGCUGAGUCAGGAGGAGGAGUUAAUGUCACUGCAGAUGAAGCAACAGAGGGUGGAGCUAGAGCACGGGACCCCUUUACCGUCCCGCGGUGUCCACGGCGACCUGGAACCACUGCGGCCUCCUGUGUGCCCACCUGACUACACGCUGGCCCUGCGACGGGCGCCGGAAGAUGUGCCGUUGAUGACAGCUAAUACCAUUACCAUGAUCCCCAGCACCAUUAGCAGCAUGCAGCCCCUUCACCCCUUCAACACUUAUCCCCCCGUCCCAGCCCCCUCUACUACACCUGUCCCCAGCCACAGCAACAAUGCCCUGCCACACCAACACUCCACCACCCGUGUAUAGGACCAGGCACAAGCUCUGCUACCCCACUCUGGGCUUACAGAGAUGCACCACACAAACUGCUUCAUCCAAACUCCACUCUUGCCGCCCUCUAUUCUUCUUUACUAUAUUUUGGUCUUUUCUCAUUAAGCCCUCAAAUAAAGCUGCAGUUUGUAAGAUAUGAAGCAGUGAAAUACCUCUAAACUGUUACCACAACUCAAGGGGGCCAUAAUUAAGAGAGGCCCUUUGCCAAAACACUGUCAUACUAGAUACAUACUGCUUUUCCCUGUCAACACGCUUUCAACAUCUGGUACUUUGGAGAGCCACCAAACACACAGCUUUAAGCUUGCAGCUCUCACAGAGCGUUCUCAAGCUCAUCACAGCCAGUCAGACAUGUAUUGUGUAGCUUGGUUGUUUUGCGCAUGUGUUGUUGUGUCAGUGUAAAACUAUGUUUAACACCAAAUGCAAAUAUUCAUUUUCACUCAUUUAGUGAAAAGAUAAAAUGGUAGCGAGCAGCUUUGUUUGAGACAGCAUAUGUCCCGACAAGCUGUCUGUCAUGAAGCACUGAUUCCCUGAAACUUACAAAUUGCAGCUUUAAAGGCCCAAUCUGGAAGUGAAACUUGGCACCCUGUGUUCAGCACUAUGUCCCAGCAGCUGUCCCUGCAUUGUGAUUUUAGGGACUAUUGUUUAGUGUGAAAUGUAUUGGUGGGUCUGGGAGGAAAAUGGGGUGGAAACCAUUUGACAGAGAAGCAUGACUUUUCAAUUUUAAAAGUCCUUUUUUUUUUAAUGUUUCUAACAAACUGAUUUAACAUUCCUUUUUUUUUUUUUUCCUUUCGUUGUGAUGCUAGCUGAAUAACAUUGAGCAUCCUGUGGAGUUUAUGUUACCCACGCUUCCAAAAAGAAAGAAAAAAAAAAAUCUGUAUACUCACCACUGCUGCUUUCAAAACAUUUCCAGAUUGGGGCCUCAACUGUGGGGUGGUACAGGAAAUGACUGAAUCCCACACACUUUGUGGGAUGCAACCUGGAAUCCAGGCUGCCCAUUAGAACUCGCUGCAUUUCAGCCGCACAUGCUCUAAUCAUGUCCAUUACAUUAUUUAUCUCAUACUCACGAUCUCUUUGUCUGUAUUCCCACUUCAGCUCAUUUAACUGCUUCUCUCUUUCUCGCUCUCCAUCUGCCCUUGUAGCUCUUUUUAUUAAAACCAUUGACAUAAUCCAUCUGCACUUCUUUCCUCUUUCUCGCAAUCACUUCUAGACUCUUUUUUCCUUUUGGAGUCUUUUAUACAAAAACACAAGUGUAAAUGAUGUAUUAUUAAUAAAUUGUAAGGAUAUGAAUGAAAAAAAAAAGAUAUUCUGAUAUCUCGUUUUUACCAGCAUUCUUGGUGCCAAGUACUGUGAUAAAGUUCCUCUUUCACUGGCGUCCAGUGGACCGCCUGGAGAGGUCCAUCCUGACUGUAUCUUACAAAAGGAAUUCCCAUAAAAAAAAAAAAGUGCCAACCCCUUCAUCUUUAGUUUU